AUGUCGGGCUCCCCGCAUCCCACCCGCGUAAGAAGGGGGAUCGCGGUAGGCCAGGGAGCAGGAGGAGGAGGAAGCGGAGCAGGCAAACAAGAGGAGGUUUUGGAGCAGGCAAGGAUCCUUCGAAUGGAGGCAGAGAUGCUGGCGAAGCACAGACAGGGCAACGUGGAGCUCCUGCAGCAGGAGAUCGUGAUGAUCAAGAAGUCCUUCCGAGACAAGUUGUGCGAAGUUGAGCGAAGGAACGGUAGACUGACAAGUGAGCUGGAAAGCCUGAAGAAAGACCUUAUGAUCAAGGCCGAUCGUGUGCAACGUGAGUCGGACGUCGCCAGACAGUGGGAGAAGGCAUGGACGAUUGAGAAUGGCAAGAACAAGGUGUUGAACGAGCGAGUUGAGAACCUGGAGCAACAAGUUUCUUGUCUCCAGCUGAAGUUGGAGGAGGAGUGCGACAUGAAAAUCUCGCUGAAGAACGAGCUGGAGCAAAAUCUCAAUGGAAAAUCUCAAAACUUGAGCGAACUGCAGGGCAAGUACGAAGAUUGCUUGAGGCAGCUGGCGGAACAUCGCGCCAACGUAGCCAGGGCGAGGAACGAAGAGCUUCAGGCGGCACUUGUAAAGAGCGAGGAGCGAGGAAGGGAGCUGGCGGAGAAGCUGUCUGCAUCUGAAGCGCAGAGGAGGGCAGAGGUCGAGGAGGCCAACAAAGCGCGAGAUGAAGUGGCAGAGAUCAACGCGCAGCUGUGCGGGCACAGGAACGCGAAGCAGAAGAUCCAGUAUCUCCUCAAGGUGAAGGAGGAGCGCGAGAGACUCAAGCAAGACUGUCUGCGCUUGGAAGGCGUCGUUGCUCGGCUGCUCGCGGAGCAGGCGGAAGGAAGAGAGAGGUGGAGGGAUAGUUCGACCGAAGACAGCAUCCUCUCCGACUCUCGUGACGUCACCCGCGACCAUCUCGGCAUCAUCCCACAAGCGCUCUUCGGGGACUCCUCCUCGACCCCCAAGAAGCACGUCAAGAUCACGAGGCCUCAGUCUCCAAGGCUGCUGACGUCGGAGAGGAGGAUGCGGAUCGUUGGAAACGCUGUGCUCCCCAGCUGA